CGUGUGUGACGGAGCCGGUGCAGCGUUAACAUUAGAUAAGGCACAUCCAAAGCACAUGGCAUGAUCCCGGUCCGGUCGUGACGAAGAUCCAGACGAGCCGGUGCGAGCAGGAGCCAGAGGGAGCGAGUUGGUGCCGUCGAGCGUCCAGAAGGGCAGCGAUCCAGUUCCGGUUUGUCUCCUUGUGCGCGGUGGUGCGAGUUGGGACCCCAAACAAAAGACUGCCGUCAUCCUGCCGAACAUCCGAGCCCGCCGAGCGCGAACCCGUCCGCUUGAUGCGAACCGAACAUGAGCUCUUAUUUUGUUAACCCGCUUUUCUCCAAAUACAAAGGCGGAGAGUCCCUCGAGCCAACUUACUACGACUGCAGGUUCCCUCAGAGCGUCGCCCGCAGCCACACGCUCGUCUACGGACCCGGGGCAGCCGCGCCGGGCUUCCAGCACCCGGGCCAUCAUGUGCAGGAUUUUUUCCACCACGGAACCGGUGGCAUCUCCAACCCGGGCUACCAGCAGAACCCCUGCGCGCUGGCGUGCCACGGGGACGCCACCAAAUUCUACGGAUACGACGCGCUGCCGCGGCAGUCGCUGUACGGGAGCCAGCAGGACGCGGCUCUGCAGUACCAGGACUGUAAGACGAGCGGAAGCUCGAAUCCCGGAGACGGUCAAGGCCACCUGAACCAGAACUCGUCUCCCAGUCUCAUGUUUCCCUGGAUGAGACCCCACGCUCCAGGACGCAGGAACGGCAGGCAGACCUACAGUCGGUACCAGACUCUGGAGCUGGAGAAGGAGUUCCUCUUCAACCCGUACCUGACCCGCAAGAGGCGGAUCGAGGUGUCCCACGCUCUCAGUCUGACCGAGAGACAGGUGAAGAUCUGGUUCCAGAACCGCAGGAUGAAGUGGAAAAAGGAGAACAACAAGGACAAAUUUCCGGGUCAGAGAGGAGAGGCCGAGGCCGAGGCCGAGGAGGAGGCGGUGGAAGACGGCGAGGCGGAGGAGGCCGAGGAGAAGGAGGCGCAGGAGAAGGAGGAGGUGAAGGAGUGAGAGACUUGGUGGAUCGAGAGAGGAGAGCCUCGCCACCUUCACGAAACCUCACGAAAUUCGAAUCUGGACCUCUGGCCGAACCUAAACUAACAGCUCUCACAUCAGACGAUCAAACUGGUUGUAAAUAAUCCCGUUUUGAGAAUCAGCUUUAUUUCAACGUAGAUUGUCAAUCUUAGUAGUGAAGUGUCCAAAGUUCGGUUCCGAUUCCCCCUGUCUUUGAGGCGCAGGGAACCGAGCCGUUAGAGCCCUCUGAUGCUACCUAACCAGACCUGGGGAAUUGCAAUAGAGAUUUCUGUGGAAGUGUGUGAGUGCGAGAGAGAGCGAGAGUGUGUGUGUGUGCGCGCGCGUGUGACACCAUGUAGCAGUUACCAGAAUACUUCCUACACUUGAUGAAGACGACGGUGAGAGUCUCGGCUCGCAGCCCAACACGGCACUACCUACCUUCGGAGCACUUGCCUCUGAACAUACGGGGAUCACGUAUGCUCGGCACCGUGGCACCACUCCGCCCCCGCCACCCCCCAACAACUAAAACUGCCUAAAACGCACAGUGGAGGAGCAUCUGUCGGUUUGUUGUGUGGUGACGUAGCUAGUUGUUUUGCACUGAUAUAAUCUUUCUGUACCUUCUUGUUCAAUGUUGACGUGAUCACGUGCUCGUUCUGGUGUUUCUCAUGUGAAGAGGAUGUAAACUCAUCACCAAUAAACUCGAUGGCUCACGACCCGCGGCUGGUUUGUUGCUCAACACGAGCGCGUUUCAAUGACGCGCACUUCCAGGCGAGCGCGUGUCUUUCGAUACAUGUUGCUGCGUCAAAGAUGUUAAAAGAGGGCAGACAGGUGGAGUUUUGAAGUGGAAACGAACACAGAAUAAAAGUCUUUUUACACACACGCACGCACACACGUUUGUAUUGCUAAGCCAUGAAUAGGGUCAACAUUUCUUGUUCUAAUCUCUCGUUCGGAAAAACGUGAAAGUGAAAGUUAAAACAGUUGUUAUAUUUAUUUUGCUUGUUUACUGGUGGCGUCACUGUCUGGGAAAAUCAAAACAAUAUUACAGUGAAUGAUAUAAAACAGCAAAGCUGACUCUACGUGUGUGCGUGUGUAUGCGCGCGUUUUGAUUCAUCCUUUUAAUAAAGCGAGUCUUCAGAGACAAAAUUUAAUGAGCAAAGAUUCAUAAUCACAGGAGGUGUGUGUGUGUGUGUUGUGUGUGUGUGUGUGUGUGUGUGUGUGUGUGUGUGUGAGUGAAUGAAACAU